CUAUCAUCCGUAGCCGCCUGAACAUAUUCUCAAGGGGUAAGGGUCAGUCAUAAGUAGAGUUUUAGCAUCCGAUAUAUCACCGGCGCCGCCCUUCCCACCUCACCCACCUCCGGCACACAGCCUCGCCAGCCCCGUGUACGCCUCCAGCUCACUAGCCCGUAUGCUCAGGAUUCUUACUAACAAAUUUUUUAACUCCACGGGGCAGCGCGCAGUUUGUUGGUCUUCCGCUAGGUGGCGGCGGCCCCGCCCCAGCCUUUCUGUGAGACAGCGAGUCAGCGAGACCGUGGAGUCAGUUGCCCGCUGACCGCUGUGCAGCACGGAAGAGGAAGCGCGCUUCGUCCUGGAACUGUCGAAUGUGACUGUAAACUGUUUAGUGUCUGUAGGAGGGAGCUGGUGAGGCGCUCGACGGAGAGGCAGUGUGAGCCGCGUCAAGACGGAGGUGUGUCGCAAGGUGUCAUCGGCGCGCGGGCACACCAGACCCACCAGACGGCGUGAGUGCAGCGGCCCGGCGUGCUGCAGGUACGCGGCCCCUCCCUGCCAGCCAGCUGUUUGUGCUCCACCUUUCUUCCUUUCUCCUGCAACCCCUUGUCCUCCUCCUCCUCCUCCUCUUCCUCGGUGAGAGAGGGUGAGAGGGGCGAGGACCAUCCGGGCACUCGAAGGACACACACAUACACUCACACACACGCACAGGUGCUGAAGACACGUCACGUCACAGAACCGAGGACCUGAGCGCCUUCACAGGGAGAACCUUUCUUCUCACCACCGCGUUGGGCCAGACGUCCAGCUUCCAGGCGUAUCGCUCAUCUCAACUCAGCGCUCGCUCUUCUCUUGAACACCAGUUUUCGUUAUCGUGAGGCCCGGGACGUUUGCAGCCCCAUACCAUGCGCUAGAUAUCAGAAAAAGGUCAACAUUAGCUGGCAGGGAAAAAAAAAUUGUGCCCUCGCAAUACCACGCCUAUGAACCUUGGGAAGACCUGUCGUUGCCAGGUAAAGGAGUUAUAGCUAUUCAUUUUGGACGCAAAUAUCAUAGAGGCAGCAACUGUUGUAAGGAAAGUUGGUAGCCGCGUGUCACCGGCCGGAGAUACUAUCAUCCCUUGCUUGGUCCGGUGGAAACACCACACACUCUACGUUGCUGUGGAGAAAAACCAUGAAGUGAAGGCUGCUGUUGAUGGUGGUCUGUAAAAACAAAGCAGCCGCAUAGACAGAGGUGACAGGAGGUAUCAACGGUAGUUGAAGUGUCACAACGCUAUCCUGGGUGAUACUGUGGAAAUUAAUCCCGGGAAGUGACAUCGUUCUGUUUCACCCAUUCAACCCUUUACUCAGCUCACCUGAUUCCCGGAAGAUGGCGCAGCGCGGUCCUCUCGAAGGCCCACCGGUUUACUGGUGACGAACUAACUAAAAUCCAUCAAAAUGUCAACGUCUCAUUCAUCGGGAUCUUCUGGAUGUCGCUCGGCAGGGCCAUGGCUGCACCCAGUUGGCCCUGGCGGCACCUUGACCCCCAAGAGUUUGUUGCGGCGCCACAAGCUCCCUGUCGCGGCACACCUCCACACUCCUACAGCACCGUCUGGGCUGGACCUUUCUCGACCACUCUUGCUCUACUCCAGCUACACUUCGACAAAGGUGCGAGGCGUGUCCCUGCGACCGGGCAAGGAUGGCGGCAUGACACCCAUAGGUCCCUCCGUCGUCAUCCCGGACUCCUAUACAGGCUGGUUCGCCAUUGUGACGAGUGACGGACACACGGCUCCUUUCUUUUCUACUGUGGAACAAGUCGCCUCCAGUAAAGUGACUUUUUUCCUCACGCGCUAUGAUGUGCCGGCCUACACCAACCUGCAUGACGACACUGGUCGAAUGACAUACCAGAAGACAGUGGUUCAGAGCGGCCACGUGCUCAAGCUGCUUGGCAUUUUCGAGGACCUCAACGCUCGCCGCACAAACAGCGGCGGCAGAGGCCGUGACAUAUCCUCGUCUGUCUUCACCUGCGACAAGUAUGCGCAGUGCCUCAACUACAGAAAUGAGGUGGUAUUUCUGCCCUUCUCAGCGACAGGCCGCUUCUAUACAACAGCACACAAGACGAGCAAAAGCCCCAACCACGUGUACCUGAUGGCACACAUCCUGAAGAACCAUCGCCUGCCCCUCACUGUGCGGUUGGUGUGUGGCUACAUGCCUCGCGUCCCAUGCAACUUUACUGGUGUGCUACGCCUUGAGCAGGCCCAGAAAGAGGCAGUCAUCCUGGCCUGCACCAUGACCAACGAGGCUCAGGCAACUCUCUUUGAAAUCGACGUUUCCUCAAACUUUGCACUGACACCAGUCAAGGACCCGAUGUUCCCCAAGACACCAAUCUUCCUGAAGACUGUGUCGUACUGUGAGGAUGAAGCCGAGGCUUGGCGCCGCCAGAUCAAGGUGACCCACCAUGUCACGGAAUCCAAGAGGUCUAAAUCGAUGAGUCGGUCCGUGUGUGACAGACUCCUAGACCAGCCGCGGACGGCUACCUUUGCUCUGCUCACUGAUCACGGCCGAAGGAAGCUGAACGGCAGCCGCGAUAAAUCAAUGGAACGUCUGGCAGGUUUCUUCCUCGCUGAUAGAUCUCGAGAUAAGAGCAAAGAAAAUCUCCUUCGAGACAGAAGCAAAGAAAAGAUGCGCGACAGAGACAGAUUGAAAGAGAGACCCAAAGACAAGCAACAAGAGAGAGAGAAGUUUGACGGCCCAAACAAGCUAAGUGAGAAAAGUCAGGAUACGAGGAAGCUCUCAAAGCAAAACACAUACAUCUUCCAAAAGGGGCGGCCCUCCAAGAUGCGGGACCGGCGGCAGGAGGCCGACGCUGUCAACAGACUCAACAAGUCAAUAGAAAACUUGGAUUACUCACGUGUGGCUGACGAUAUAAGUCCUGUGCACGAAACCGUGGAGGAGGAAGACCACUAUGCCGAAAUAUGUGAUUACAUCAUCGGCGACAAGAGUGGACCAGGACCCAGAGAAUAUAAUAAACGCGAGAAGAGAAAGUCUAUAGGAGACAGGGAAAGCUCUAAUUAUGCCCGUCAGCUUCGAGGCGACGAUGCUAACCUGAGUUUUACGUUGCUGAAGAAAGACAUUGGUGGUUAUUAUGUUAAGAUUCCAGGCUUUGAAAUCCCCAAGGGUGAUUGUGAUUUUGAUCCCAUUGUCAACACCCAGCCGGGAAAGAACUAUGACUCCUUGUGUUAGGAACUGUUCAGUAUUACAGUACAAGUAGAGGAAAUGUUUUAUAUACUAGCGUAAAUCUUUAAAAUCAAUUUAGAUAAUCCGUAUAACUAACUUUGUGCCACUUCCCCAAGACAAGCUCACCUCCACCCACCCACCAAGACGCAGCAGAUGGCUAAGACAACAUGCUUAUAUAAACCGUGCCAGCCUCACCGUGCCCUUUUCCAUCUGCGGCAGAGGUGGGUGGCACGAGACCCUAUAUUUAUAUAAGAAGCAUCGGUGUAUGUCAGGUGAAUCCUGCUGGAUGGUUUUGUAGCCACUUCGUCAUGAUUUCGAGAGAGUUUAUAUAAACAAGAGGUGGGUAGUUUGCACUUUGAUGUGGCUCUUUAAAAGUGUUGUUUAUCAUUACGAAUUGCAACAUGUACUGACAAGAGGUGACCAACAAGACUUCUCCAGCAGCUCGCGUCAUGGCAAGCAAUACUGUGGCUGGAGAUCGAACACUCAAGAUGUAUCUAGUCAGUCAGUACCCUGACAGGGCCUGCUGUAGAUAGAAUUGGUGGAGCAUUUACAUAAUAUCAAUAAUUUUCUCUCUUUAUAUGGCAAAUAACAGAAAAUCUCAUUGUUAGGGACACGGCAAUCAGCACCCUUUCUUAUUUUCCACGAAUUUUGUCGUGUUACGUUUGCCCAAAUCUCUUUUUCAUAAACAAAUAAGUCUCCCACAGCUUUUUUUUUUUUCCCCACCAGCUGAAGAGUCAAGACAAACAAUGGACUUGCUUCCCCGCCACCAUCCCCACUUAAUAAAAGUCUCUGCCUCCUUCAUACUAUAGUGUGCUUGCUUUUGAUGUACAAAAAUAUAUACUGCAGUACAUGGAUAUUACAUUCAUGCUGUUACAGAGCGUUUUCCCUUUGUGAUGAACCUGUGAAAUCUGAUACAUGUAAAGAAACGAUGUAAAAGGUUUUGAAUGUAUGUAGCUCAUUAUAUUCAUUGUAAUUUUGUAGCAUUUCAUGAUUUGGCAUUUGUGUUAUGCCGUACAGCAUGCUCAUCAGCAGAAAGCCAUAAUUUAUUUUCAUAAAUGUUCCAUAUUUAGUUAUAAUGUAAAAGUACUUGGAAUUUACCCAAGACGACAGCGGAUCCCAUUGCAAGACUACCCUGACAGCAUUCUGGGAUGUCCUGCUACGCACAGGAUCAUUCUGUUAAUUUACAUCGAAUGAAAGUUUGCGAUUGUAUCCGGCAUGAUGUUAGGAUGCCAUAAUAUGUUCAUAAGAGAAAGUGGCUGGCAGGUUACAACUUAUUUCAAGCAGGUGUCUCCAACGUGACGACGGACGCACGCUCAACCGUAUUAGAAUGGCAGGCUAUGACCACACAAACACGGCUAACCAUUACAUCUUUGUGAGGAAGGAACACUGACCUUCGAAUCUGGUAUAUACUGAAAUCGGCUUCACUGUGCUACCAUAUUCAUUACUAUUAUUAGGCAAACGACUUAAAACUACGAAUGAUAUUCAUCAGUACAGAAAAAAAAAGCCUAUUAUUUUCGAAAGAUAGAACUCGUUACAUAAUCAAGAAGCUUGGUACAACUUGGUGCACUACCUACUGAGCAACCAAGGCCUGCUAACAGCCACGCGGAGAAAAAUUUCUGUGGUCAGUGGCCCCUAUUUGCCUCUGCUGUACUGUAGGCUUACUCAGUGUUAUAAAUACAUAUCAGUAUGUAAGAACAACUUGUAUUAUGUUAUUUUUUAUCUCCUAUACAUGCAAUAAAAUACAA